CCGUUGCGUGUACAGAAUCCUUGUCCAGUACUUGAGUACAAACAAAUACCCACGACAUUAGGGUAUCCGAAAGUCCCGGCGCCUCCGAAGUCUAGGUGUCGGAUUAGAAGUCUAAUUCGACCGCGGCAUACAGCCGACUACGCAGGGGCCAAUUAG